CAACCCGUCAGGCCAGAUGAGGGCGUGACGGCCAUUGCACUAAACCUCUUACCCACGUCCCCAUGUCCGCCCGCCGGAGGAGGGCCGGAGAAGAAUCCCGCCGCCGCCGCCACGCCGCCCCGUAGCGUCACGCCUCGCUCCCCAUGGCCUCUGGGCCGGCCGACUACAACGAGGACGACUUCGAGGAGUACAACCCUCACCCUUACCUGGGCGGUUACGACAUCGCCCUCACCUACGGCUCCCCCCUUCCCCCCGCCCCCGCAAUCUGCUACCCCGUCUCCUCCCCUACCCCCGAUCUUCCGCCACCGCCCCUCGCCGAGGAGGCCAAAACCGACCCCACUCCCCGCUCCCAACCGCUGCCUCAGGCGGCGCCGAUUCCAGUGCCGGAGCCGGAACCGGAGCGCCCCCCUCCUUACGACUACGGAACGCAGGGGAGCUAUCAGCCGGAACCCUAUUACCCGGAUAUCUUCAGGUCCUGGCUCUUUGGGGAAGAGGGGCGUUGGAACCCCUGGGGAAGGACUCUGGAUUAUCUCUUUGGGCACGCACAGGGGUACGGCGAGAGAAGGAUUGGGGUCGAUAGCUAUGGGAUUCCUAUCUAUGCUAACAAAAAUCAGAGCAGUCAGUCGAUUUCGGUGCAGGUCGAGCCGGCACCCGCUCAAAGAUUGGAUUUUUACGAUGUCCACAACGAGCAAACUGACGAAAGUUGGUCCUCAUCAUAUGGCGAGAGGAGGGAGGAGAGCUAUGAUUAUCUGAAUCCAACUUAUGCUUAUGAUAGGCACUACUAUGAGCAGCCCCUUUCUAUUCAAGUGAGUCCAAGUGAGCACAAGGUCUUCGAAGAACAAGUGUAUCAUGAUCAGCAUUCAUCAUCGUAUGAUGAGAGGAAUUAUGUGACUGAUUUAUUUGGAAGUCUGAGCUACGGUUAUGAGAGGCACUACCAUGAGCAGCCACUAAAUGUUCAGAUUGAGCCAAUUGAGCAAACUUGGUCCCAGAAGUUGAGUUACCAUGAUGACUACCAGCGACCGGCAUCUCCUAAGUCCAACUGGCAUUCUUCAUCUUCUAAUGAACGAGGGGGUGAGGGCCAUAUAUUUGGAGAUCCAAACUAUGCAUAUGGAAGGCACUCCAACGAGCAGACUCAUGGUGAUCAGCUUGAGCCUUUUAUGCCAUCAUGGUCUAGAAAUCUGGGUUACCAUGAGUUCUACGGGGAGGAGGUUUCUCACAGGUCCAGCUGGGGGCAUGAGGACAAUAUCGUCAGAAGUAGCAACCAUGCUUAUGAAAGGCAUUACCAUGAGGAUCCCCUGUGUCUGCAGCUUGAGCCUUUCAAGCCAGCAUGGUCUCAGAAUCCAAGUUAUUAUAAGGCAUAUGAGGAAGAAGUGCCGCCAUUGUCCAAUUGGAAAAUUGCAGUGCAAUAAAUGUGACAUCAUGCAAAACGGAAAAUGAUAAGUGGAACCUUUGGGGAAGAAGGUGCAUGGAACUCUGAGGGUGGCAAUUAGUAGAUGAUGAAGAAUUUUGUAAAUUUUUUAGACUCUAUUUGUUGAUAUGAUGUACUUUAGCUAUUGGAAAUAUCAAUAAUGGGUAAAAGAUUGUGUAAUUAUUUUUAUCUACGGUGAUCAGUGUCUUAGGUUAUCUCACAGAAAAUUGCAGUGCAAUAAAUGUGACAUCAUGCAAAACAGAAAAUGAUAAGUGGAACCUUUGGGGAAGAAGGUGUAUGGAACUUUGAGGGUGGCAGUUAGUAGGUUUUGCCUACUACUGAUCCAGACCCAUGGAAGCUAACUAGAGAUCAGUCCCAAAAGUGUGUAACAUUUCCUAAAUCAGAACCCUCUUCUGACCUAACUCCCAUUCUGAUCACAACAAACCUGAACACACACCUAAUUCUCGUCUCAACUCAUUUUGAGGCCCAUUCAGAUCCUGAUCAAGAGUGCUUAAUACCCUAGCCUAUGUAAUAUUAACAGUAGCCACCGCCUCAUGUUGUUUCCCUUGAUCUGGAAAAAGGAAAUUCUAGAAGGAUAAGACUUCAGGAAUGAGCCUACUAUUGGAAGUGGUGACGCUAAUAGUGGCAUUGAUUGACAUUAACAACCAAUGAGGAGCAAUCCCACAAUGAUUGUGGAUCACCAUGAUGGCAAUCUAUCAAUGAUUGUGGAUCACCAUGAUUGUGGAAGAGGGGGAGGGGAGGUUCACUAUGGAGCAGGGGAAGUUGUGGCACUUGAGUUGGUGUGUGAUGUUUGUCGACCUGUUGGUUGGGAUGUUUGUCACAAUAGAUGUUAUAUAUGUGGCUGUGGUGAGAUCAAUGCUCAACUAGAAGGUAAUGUUGGCUAAUCCCAAUGCUCGAGGAUUCUAGGGCGCAGUGCCCAGUGUGGAUGAGUUGCUGCAAUUAAAGUGAUGUUGGACCAUGUGGGUCAGCAUGUGGCUGACAGGUGAAACUUGGGUUUCCAUUGACAGAAGUUGAUUGCCCAUGGGUUUCCAUCUGCUCUAAUUGGUUAGCUCAUCUAGGUGGUCAUAGGCCAGGCUUGGUUUCUUGGAGCUCUUUAGAGCAUCUCCAGCCAAAAUAUAAGCUCUGCAUUCCAUCACUAAUUGAUCAAUUUGGUUAUCUUUUCUCUUUGUUUUCUUGAUAAAUUUGAGUUACAUGUGCUCUUUUUUUUUUUGUGGUGCUUCAUUGCAUGAUGCAUAGAUCAAGAUGCUUUUUGAAGCCAUUUUAUUUUAAACUAGAUCAAGGAUUACAACUUUACAGGCAAUGGCUUUAAGUGCUAGUCUACAUUGUUCUCAAUUGUAUGAUACAUCCGGAGCCACAUGGUUGCUUGCAUGAUAAGGGGCUGCCUAUUGCAAUAUUGGUACUAGCCCAUAUUAGCUUGCACCAUAGUGUAUUAUAGAUUUGUACUGUACUGUGCUACUAACUGAUAUAUGUUAUUGUUGGGUUGAACUGGAUAUUAGUCCAAUCGAUCCUCCCAGAAAUUGAUUAUUUCAUUCAAGUGAGGUUGUUGAUUGUUCACUCUCUGAAACUUCCCAAAUCUCUUUCAAGCUUUUCCUUAUUUAAUCCAAUAUAAUGUGAAUUUGUAUUAUAUAGUCGUUAGAUAUGGGAAAGUAUAAACCAUGGUUAUAUUUGUCAAUAAUCAUAUGCAUCUUCGGUAUUGCUUACAAUGCUUGAUUUGUUUAGUUAAGUAAUAAUAAUGUUCAAGUUCUUUUUCGCAAAAAAAAAAAAAAAUAAUAAUAAUCUUUGAGUUUUGACUAACAUUCCAAUAAACUGAAAUUAAAAAAUUAGUCUAAAUGCAAAGUUGCAAGCGAGACAGUUUCCCUUGUGUAUCUUAGCCUGUUUGUUUCAUUCUUCAGUCAUUAUUAAAUCUUUGUGUGGUAUGUACUAAUAAAUAUGCACAUCCUGUUGGCCUUUGAGGCCUUGACUGGAAUAAGCAUGAUGUGUGAUAUGAUAAUCCUUGUGAGACUGAAGAGGGAUUACUAAGUUGGAAAACUGCUAGACAUGAUAAACCAUAUUCAUAAAAUUUGUGGUGAAAUGUUAUUUCACUUCAUAAUUGUGAUUCAGAAGUUUUCCUUGCUAAUAUCAGUUCUUAAAUGUGGGAGAAACAUGUGAUUAAUUUUGCUUUGAGUUACAUGCAGUCAAAUACCUAGAUUACCAUCCUACAUUGGCUUAGUAUUCUUUUGCAUUCUAGAGCCCAUUUGUGCGACAUGCGGCCUUCAUGCUAUCCAACUCAUCCCUAUCUACCUCUCUAUCUUCAGUAUAAAGAGUCAGUCAAUCAGAAUGAUUUUGAAUGGCGAUUAUCAAAUUUAUAUUAUACUUGUAACUGAUAAGCUGAUUAUUAAUAUCAUGAUCCAUCUUUGCUUACACAACUUGUAGGUGAACUAGACCAUGGAUAGACAUCAAAGACAUGGAGAAAAGCUUGAUAGAUGAGGGUCUGAAAUCAGUUGAAUCAAAAGGCAUAUAUUGAAUGCGCGAGCAAUAAGAAAUGGUUGAUUUUAUGGUGAGAUACUUAAAGUGAUGAUACUCUUUAUCUGAAAUCUUUAUGUGGAAACGGGCCAACAAAAUCAGAGCAAGGUUGUUGGUUAGGAUAAUUGCUUCAGUUCUAUUUGAGUUGCUCAUGUAGGUCAUACUUGAUGCGAUCUUUUCAUAAGAUGACAAGAACUUCGCACAGUAGAUGAAUGUGACGAGAAUGUUGAGAUGGACGUAUGAUACACUUAAAGGGACCAUUUAGAAAGCGAUGUAGUUUAGUUUGGUGCUAGUUUAAUCAUGCAUGAUUAAGUCUUUAGGAGGGCCAUAUCAGGAAAUGAGGAGGGGAAGAUGAGAAAGACAUGUAUUUGCAAGCUGGCAGAUGGGAUUUUAUGCAGUUAUAGAUAGACGACCAUAGAAAUGGCCUCUUUGCAUGCAGAUGUAAGGCUGCGUGCAGUUGACCCUUUCCAUACCCCACAAUGGCGGGAGUCUUGUGCACUAGUAUGCCCUUUUUAGUUAUAGACAUGUGACAACCCUUAAAUGCAAUGAUGUCUAAAGUGAUAUAGGGACAUGACAAUAACAAAAUCCACCAAUAUUAUGAUGAUUUUUUUUUCAAAUUAAAGAUGGGAAUCCCACCAAAUACAUUAACAGAAUGAAUAAAGAAAACAAAAGGUGACCAGAGGUCGGAUGGACAAUUAGAAAGGUGGUGGGGGAAAUGAAACAGACUAGGGGCCAAUAUUAUGAUAAAGUUGCCGAAGGGGUUAAGUUGUGGAGCGAUUAUGAGGAAGACUUUGUAAACAAGAACAAGGCUGCAAACUAGAGGAGACAAAUAUGAGAACAUUGAGAUCGAUGUGUGAUAAAUUGAGGAAGGACAAAGCUAGAAUAAAAUGCAUUAUAUGAAGCUGUGGGAUGGAGAUGGAGAAAAUGUUGAUAUGGCACAACCUUGUGUGACAAAGUCUAAAAGGAGGCCCAUGUUAAAGAAGAUUUUGAACAUGGAUAAAAGUCGUAAUAAAUGAGAAAAAGGAUUGGAAGACUUGAUAAAUUUGCGUGAAAACUUGUAAAAGGGAUGUAAGAAAGGUCAGCAUUCUCCAGUGAUAUCCCUUGAUUGCAAUUAUUGUUGAAAAAAUAUGAAAGCAUCAGCUCGAACUGAAGGAUUUGUAGAAAACCAUGCUCAGAUGAAUGGAGUAAACUUCUUGGACAUGGUUAUUUUCACCAGAUAUUUCUAAUUGUCCAGAAUAUGGCUAUGCAGUGCAUUGUGAUAAUUGAUGUAGAAUAAUUAUGACUUUUCCACUUUGUGGUUUUAUAAACAGAAGUUCUCUUUAAUUAGUUUUUUUUUGAGAUAACAGGCUACCAUAUUAAUGAUGCACGUAAGAAAAUCUUCUGGAUUUAUUUUUGUUUUGGUUGUGUGAGGGUUAUGCACAACUUUUGUUGUAUGUUCUGAGGCCGAUAUAACCUCUCCUGCUUUAUAGUGUUUAAGGACUAACAUUGUUAAAAGAGGGUGCCUGGGCACCUAUGCGGCAGCCCAAAUACUUAAUAUGGCUGGGCUGCCUAGGUGAAGCCCACUUAACCCCUACUCUUUAAAUGUUUCUUUUCCAGUUUUCUUUCCUUAUAAGGGAUACAUGGGAGGGUAGCGAAGGCUACAACCAAUCUGGUGGAAGCCAGUGGGCUGAUCAGUGUGUACCAAUAGGGCGGGUGAUAAUGAUGACUGGCAGCGGUGGUUGGAGUGACCAGCACACCUCUUCUUCAUCGAGCUGUUGUUCCACCUUCCUAAUUUUCACUUUUGUCCUACUUUCUAGCCUCUAGAAUGUUUGCCUCCUGUUUCUUGCUAGGUGCUGGCCAUCAAGCAUUCUACAAUUUGUUGGAUGUUGCAGUGGCAGCAAUAUCGGUAUUGCUCUCCUUGUAGAUUUUGGUCUUCGGACUUUUUAGGCAUGACAAAUAGAUUCAUUGUCCGAUUGAUGGUAAAAAAAGAUAUUUAUGUAUGCAUGUGUAUUAGAAGCACACAUUAUGAAAGCUUGAAGAGCUUUCCUUCCUGGGUUGCCGUCUAAGCAACUAGGCAUCCACCUAGGCUAUACAAGGGUCCACCACCUGGCCUUGCGUAGGCAAUUUGACAACCUUGUUAAGGACAUAUUGCUUUGGUUGCUUAGCAUGACUGAUAAGGUUCCAUCUUCAGAACUUUUGACUAUGCUGCCGAUGCAAUUCACGUACAGCCUCAGUUAGUCAUGCAUCAUUGUUUAACAGGUGCGAAGCUUGUUUCUGGAUCUAUACUUCUGAUCUCUGAGUGGUUUUCUUGCUGCUUUAAAUUCUUAUAUACGACAAAUUGAUUAUCUGAGCUAAUAUUUCUGAAACAAGUUCAUUGAUAUUUUUCAAUGUUUGUUUAAGUUAAUAUUUAUCUGUGUUAUUCUUGACAUCUUUAGUUUCCUCUAAUUUACCAAAU